AUGGAUUUAGGAGACAGAGUUUACGCUGCUGAACGGAUCACCAAGAAGAGAGAAAAGCGGGAGCAGGUUUUGGCUAGUUUGGUGGUCGAAGAGGAGCCUGGUGGUGACGAAAGAGCCGGCGAGGAUAGUCAAGAUGAAACUGGUAGUACUUCGGCAGUAUCAGCGGCACCAAGUCGUUUAAAUUCAGUAACAACCGCUGCUGCUGCUGCUACUGCUGAUGAUGACACAUUACCUAGUUCACUUGAUGGUCAUGAUUCUCCAUCACCACCAAAGUUGCUGCCAGCGGCCGGAGCAGCUACUUCCUUUGGCGUCGACUCUGACAGCUCUAACAGCAGCGUUGACAUUCCAUUGUUACCCAGAAGAGAGCCCGCUGGUACAAAGAGGAAAGCCGAGGUAUUGAGUAAGGAAUCAGGUAAAAUCGGCGUCACCAUCACCACCAGUCCAAGCAGCGGAGGCGGCAGUCCACCACCACCGGCUAAUAAAAUACCAAGGCUACUUCCUAUCAAAUCUAAUUCAGCACCUUAUCACAAUCACAAAUUAAAUGGUAGAAGACCCUCGUCUUCGAGUGUAAAGUCGACACCAGAAGAACCUCUACCGGCAGUACCAACGACUCCAGCACCAGCAGUGCAGGACAAAAAGCGGCCAGAGGCUGACGUACCUCAUGGUCCACCUCCGUCACUACCUCGGGCACAACCUGCCCCGCUAUCACCAAGAAUAGACACUCCUUUGGAGCAAGUUGAACACAAACCCAAGAAAAGGCCUCUGGAGAAAACAGAUAAGUCUAAUGGUACAGUCACCAAUGGUGCCAAUGGACACAAAUCGCCCAGUCCCACAGAUGCGUAUACUAAUAACAACAGGUUAACGUCUGUCGUCAACGGUCAUCAUGGUCAUAUUAAUAAUAAUAACAAUAACAAUAAUCAUAAUAAUAAUAAUCAUAGUAACAAUAACAACAAUAUCAAUACUAGUAAUAAUAAUAAUAUUAAUAAUAACAACAACAAUAAUUUAAGUAACAUAAAUAAUAAUAACAAUAAUAAUAAUAAUAAUAAUAAUAAUAAUAUUAUGAGUAUGAAACAACCGGACAUAAUAAAAUCAGAUUUGUAUAUUCCAUUGAGUAGUCCGGGUACUGAUUACUGGCACGCGAGAAACCCCGUUGCUGAUCAGGUAUUUAUUACUGACGUUACGGUUAAUUUAAAAACCGUGACUAUCAGGGAAUGCAAGACUGAAAAAGGAUUUUUUCGUGAACGAGAUCCUAAGAGCGAUAUUUAUUAA